ACCUCAGCCUCCCAAAAUGCUGGGAUUACAGGUGUGAGCCACCUUGCCGAGCCUCAAGUUUGAAAUUUUGACCCUGUAACAUUUUAAGAGUGGAAACAAGUGAUUCAGUUGUGUUUUUGUCAGAACUUGUUGCUGAUGUUAUAUUAUCACAGAUUACAAAUUUCAGUUUGAAGUGUUUUACUGCUGCUUCAGCAAGUCAGUUGCAUGAUUAAACCUCAGAAUCAAAGUGAAGAAAACCCUGACCUCACAUUUUUGAGUAGUUAACGAUUAUAUGGCUUAAAAUCUUUGUAACUACUGACAAGUACUGCAUGGUGUUCCCUUUGUCCUUUGAAAUAGAAAGAACACCAAGAAAACAGAAUUCCAUUUGUACUGCUGCCGUUACAGUCCUUUCACUUUCCAACAGAAGUUUCUUGCUGUUUUUUUGACUAUUUUGCUAAGGAAUUUUUCUUAUUAACAAAUUUUUAAAAAUAUUUUCUCUAGGAAAGUAUUUUGCUUGGUUUUGAGGACAGGAGAUUAUAUAAAAUAUGUUCUUGCUUUUGAGAGUUUUACUGACCAAUUUGAUGGGAGAGGACAUAUAUAUUAAUAAUGAUUUGAUAACAUAUCCUGUAUGUUAAAUGAAUGGCAGUGGCAAGAGCUUCCUUAGAAUUUCCUGGAUGUAAUCUAACAUAGAGGAAGAGCCACUUCUUAACUUCUGAAAGAAAUGGUUUUUAUUUAAAGCUUAAGGAAAAUUAGCAUUUACACUAACAUAGAGUGACUGGAUCCUGGACAUAGGGUGUGAUGCAAGCAAAGGUAUAGAAAUAGAAGUGUACAUAGAUUUAACAAACAACAAAUAGGUUAGGGUGGAGGUAGGUUGGAGUGGCAAUUGGGUACCGGGUUGCACUGAAAGACAGUGGUUUUUAUUAGUAUGAUGUGUUUAAUGGGGAGCCAUUUAAGCUUUGUUUAUGUGUGCAUGUGUGUGGGUAUGUAUGCACAAGUGUGCAUUUAUGAAGGAUAUCUGUCUAAUAAGGGAGAGAAAGCACAGACUUGGAGUGAGUAGUCCAAUUAGGAGAGUACUAUUGUAUUAUGAUCCAGACAUACUGCAAGAAAGAUCUUCUGUAUGUUGGAGAAAUAGGGAAUACAAAAGACUGGCCAGAUUUGACUAACAUGGACUAUUAUACGGGUAUAAGGAACAAAAGAGAAGUAAUAGCUAUAGAUUGACCACAAUAUGAAACCCAAUUUGUCAGAGAAGUAGUGGUAUCAUUGACAGAAAUCAAGAAGAGUUAAAAAGUUUUGGGUGUAGGGAAGGGCAAUAUGUUGUUUUUUGAUGUGAAGAAAUUGAUAUCGUGAUGGAACACACUUAAGUAGGUUAUAUAUUUGGCUUUCAAUGACGUGGAUAACAAUGACGUGGAUAUUGCCUCAAGGCAAAUAUCUUGAGGUUUGGGAUAUAGAUAUAAAACUUAACUGCAGAAAGGUAAUCAUUAAUGCCAAGCACUGACUAUUUCCAAGGAAGAAGAGCAGAGGGGCAUGCAAUAAAAAUUCAAGAACCCAGAAUUGUGAUUGACAGGGACAGUGGAAGUAACAACAGUAAAACCAGUGAAGAGAAAGGGGAGUCUUAAUGCCAUGAUGCCAGGGAAACCAAAGCUGAUGAGUUUCUAGAUAGAAAGAAGAAUCAGUAGUAUUGAAUACUGCAUAAAAAUCAUGGAGAGUUAGCAUCCUGGCUUUAAAUCCUCGAACACAAACUCAUGCAGCUCUGCGUUCCACUUCGGCCAAGAAAUUAGACAAGAAACAUUGGAAAAGAAAUCCUGAUAAGAACUGCUUUAAUUGUGAGAACCUGGAGAAUAAUUUUGAUGACAUCAAGCACACGACUCUUGGUGAGCGAGGAGCUCUCCGAGAAGCAAUGAGAUGCCUGAAAUGUGCAGAUGCCCCCUGUCAGAAGAGCUGUCCAACUAAUCUUGAUAUUAAAUCAUUCAUCACAAGUAUUGCAAACAAGAACUAUUACGGAGCUGCUAAGAUGAUUUUUUCUGACAACCCACUUGGUCUGACUUGUGGAAUGGUAUGUCCAACAUCUGAUCUUUGUGUAGGUGGAUGCAAUUUACAUGCCACUGAAGAGGGACCCAUUAAUAUUGGUGGAUUGCAGCAAUUUGCUACUGAGGUAUUCAAAGCAAUGAGUAUCCCACAGAUCAGAAAUCCUUCCCUGCCUCCUCCGGAAAAAAUGUCUGAAGCUUAUUCUGCAAAGAUUGCUCUUUUUGGUGCUGGGCCUGCAAGUAUAAGUUGUGCUUCCUUUUUGGCUCGAUUGGGGUACUCUGACAUCACUAUAUUUGAAAAACAAGAAUAUGUUGGUGGUUUAAGUACUUCUGAAAUCCCUCAGUUCCGCCUGCCAUAUGAUGUAGUGAAUUUUGAGAUUGAGCUAAUGAAGGACCUUGGUGUAAAGAUAAUUUGUGGUAAAAGCCUUUCAGUGAAUGAAAUGACUCUUAGCACCUUGAAAGAAAAAGGCUACAAAGCUGCUUUCAUUGGAAUAGGUUUGCCAGAACCCAAUAAGGAUGCCAUCUUCCAAGGCCUGACGCAGGACCAGGGGUUUUACACAUCCAAAGACUUUUUGCCACUUGUAGCCAAAGGCAGUAAAGCAGGAAUGUGCGCCUGUCACUCUCCAUUGCCAUCGAUACGGGGAGCCGUGAUUGUACUCGGAGCUGGAGACACUGCCUUUGACUGUGCAACAUCUGCGCUACGUUGUGGAGCUCGCCGUGUGUUCAUCGUCUUCAGAAAAGGCUUUGUUAAUAUAAGAGCUGUCCCUGAGGAGAUGGAACUUGCUAAGGAAGAAAAGUGUGAAUUUCUGCCAUUCCUGUCCCCACGGAAGGUUAUAGUAAAAGGUGGGAGAAUUGUUGCUAUGCAAUUUGUUCGGACAGAGCAAGAUGAAACUGGAAAAUGGAACGAAGAUGAAGAUCAGAUGGUUCAUCUGAAAGCCGACGUGGUCAUCAGUGCCUUUGGCUCAGUUCUGAGUGAUCCUAAAGUAAAAGAAGCCUUGAGUCCUAUAAAAUUUAACAGAUGGGGUCUCCCAGAAGUAGAUCCAGAAACGAUGCAAACCAGUGAACCAUGGGUGUUUGCAGGCGGUGAUGUCGUUGGUUUGGCUAACACUACAGUGGAAUCAGUGAAUGAUGGAAAGCAAGCUUCUUGGUACAUUCACAAAUAUAUACAGUCACAAUAUGGAGCUUCAGUUUCUGCCAAGCCUGAACUGCCCCUCUUUUACACUCCUAUUGAUCUGGUGGACAUUAGUGUAGAAAUGGCCGGAUUGAAGUUUAUAAAUCCUUUUGGUCUUGCUAGUGCAACUCCGGCUACCAGCACAUCAAUGAUUCGAAGAGCUUUUGAAGCUGGAUGGGGUUUUGCCCUAACCAAAACUUUCUCUCUUGAUAAGGACAUUGUGACAAAUGUUUCACCCAGAAUCAUCAGGGGGACCACCUCUGGCCCCAUGUAUGGCCCUGGACAAAGCUCCUUUCUGAAUAUUGAGCUCAUCAGUGAGAAAACAGCUGCAUAUUGGUGUCAAAGUGUCAAUGAACUAAAGGCUGACUUUCCAGACAACAUUGUGAUUGCUAGCAUCAUGUGCAGUUACAAUAAAAACGACUGGAUGGAACUUUCCAAAAUGUCUGAGGAUUCCGGAGCAGAUGCCCUGGAGUUAAAUUUAUCAUGUCCACAUGGCAUGGGAGAAAGAGGAAUGGGCCUGGCCUGUGGGCAGGAUCCAGAGCUGGUGCGGAACAUCUGCCGCUGGGUUAGGCAAGCUGUUCGGAUUCCUUUUUUUGCCAAGUUGACCCCAAAUGUCACCGAUAUUGUGAGCAUCGCAAGAGCUGCAAAGGAAGGUGGUGCAGAUGGCGUUACAGCCACCAACACUGUCUCGGGUCUGAUGGGAUUAAAAUCUGAUGGCACACCCUGGCCAGCAGUGGGGAUUGCAAAGCGAACUACAUAUGGAGGAGUCUCUGGGACAGCAAUCAGACCUAUUGCUUUGAGAGCUGUGACCUCCAUUGCUCGUGCUCUGCCUGGAUUUCCCAUUUUGGCUACUGGUGGAAUUGAUUCUGCUGAAAGUGCUCUUCAGUUUCUCCAUAGUGGUGCUUCGGUCCUCCAGGUAUGCAGUGCCAUUCAGAAUCAGGAUUUCACUGUGAUUGAAGACUACUGCACUGGCCUCAAAGCCAUGCUUUAUCUGAAAAGCAUUGAAGAACUACAAGAUUGGGAUGGACAGAGUCCAGCUACUGUGAGUCACCAGAAAGGGAAACCAGUUCCACGCAUACCUGAACUCUUGGGCAAGAAACUGCCAAGUUUUGGACCUUAUCUUGAACAGCGCAAGAAAAUCAUAGCAGAAAACAAGAUUAGGCUGAAAGAACAAAAUGCAGUUUUUUCACCACUUAAGAGAAACUGUUUUAUCCCCAAAAGGCCUAUUCCGACCGUCAAGGAUGUAAUAGGAAAAGCACUGCCAUACCUUGGAACGUUUGGUGAAUUGAGCAGUGUAGAGCAUGUUGUGGCUGUGAUCGAUGAAGAAAUGUGUAUCAACUGUGGUAAAUGCUACAUGACCUGUAAUGAUUCUGGCUACCAGGCUAUACGGUUUGAUCCUGAAACCCACCUGCCCACCAUUGCUGACACUUGUACAGGCUGUACUCUGUGUCUCAGUGUCUGCCCUAUUGUCGACUGCAUCAAAAUGGUUUCCAGGACAACACCUUAUGAACCAAAGAGAGGCUUACCUUUAUCUGUGAAUCCGGUGUGUUAAGGUGAUUUGUGAAAACAGUUGCUGUGAACUUUCAUGUCACCUACAUAUGCUGAUCUUUUAAAAUCAUGAUCCUUAUAUUCAGCUCUUUCCAAAUUAAAACAAAUAUAUAUUUUCUAAAUAAAGUGUGUAAUUUCAAAAU